UCUAUUUUCUUAGCGAUAAAGGCGUUUGAACCGCUGAUAUUCCAGUUCAGGGAAUACAAAUGAAAAAAGCUCAAUAAUUUAAAAUGAUUUCAGGUUAGCUUGCUGUGAACGCCAGCGCACAUUUGUUAUGAUUUGGUGUUGAUUUCGGCGAUAUUUACUGUGCAGCCUGAUAAGUUCCUCUCAAAGGUGACCAAUAUCUGGAGCAUCUAGCCGACUGCUGCCUAUAUAUUAGGCAGAAAAACAAAAAUUCAAUUUCUCUUAUAUCGUGGGGUGGCGGCAAGCCAAUAAUUGACUCUGGAGCAGGACACGGAGGAGAGUGUGGCCAUGACGGGAGGGACUGUAGACACCCUUCCCAUGAGCAACCACACCCGGGAGAGAGUGACCGUGGCCAAGCUGACACUGGAGAACUUCUACAGCACUCUGCUCACGCAGCACGAGGAGCGCGAGAUGAGGCAGAAGAAGCUGGAGAAAGCCAUGGAUGAGGAGGGUUUGCCAGACGAUGAGAAAGUAAUGCGGCGCUCGCAGCAUGCCCGCAAGGAGACCGAGUUCUUGCGACUGAAGCGGACGCGACUUGGCUUAGAUGACUUUGAGUCCCUGAAAGUGAUCGGACGGGGGGCUUUUGGAGAGGUCCGUUUGGUGCAGAAGAAAGACACGGGGCACAUUUACGCCAUGAAGAUUUUGAGGAAGGCCGACAUGCUGGAGAAAGAACAGGUCGCCCAUAUCCGGGCAGAGAGAGAUAUUCUGGUGGAGGCGGACGGCGCCUGGGUGGUCAAGAUGUUCUACAGCUUCCAGGACAAGAGGAACCUCUACCUCAUCAUGGAGUUCCUGCCUGGAGGCGACAUGAUGACCCUGCUGAUGAAGAAGGACACUCUGUCCGAAGAGGCCACUCAGUUCUACAUCGCAGAGACGGUCCUGGCAAUCGACUCCAUCCACCAGCUGGGCUUCAUCCACCGAGACAUCAAACCAGACAACCUGCUGCUGGACUCCAGGGGACACGUGAAGCUGUCCGAUUUUGGCCUGUGUACGGGACUGAAGAAGGCUCAUCGCACAGAAUUCUACAGGAACCUGACACACAACCCGCCCAGUGAUUUCUCCUUUCAAAAUAUGAACUCCAAGAGGAAAGCAGAAACCUGGAAGAAGAACCGGCGGCAGCUGGCGUACUCUACUGUGGGAACACCGGACUACAUUGCCCCUGAAGUCUUCCUGCAGACGGGCUACAACAAGCUGUGUGACUGGUGGUCUCUGGGUGUCAUCAUGUACGAAAUGCUCAUCGGUUACCCGCCCUUCUGCUCUGAGACGCCACAGGAGACAUACAGGAAGGUGAUGAACUGGAAGGAAACCCUCAUUUUCCCACCAGAAGUCCCCAUCUCCGAGAGGGCCAAAGACUUGAUAUUAAAGUAUUGCACCGAUGCCGAGAACAGGGUUGGAGCGGUGAGCGUGGAGGAGAUCAAGAGUCAUAAGUUUUUUGAGUCGGUGGACUGGGAGCACAUCAGGGAGCGGCCCGCAGCCAUCUCCAUCGAAAUCAAGAGCAUCGACGACACCUCAAACUUUGACGACUUCCCCGAGUCGGACAUCCUUCAGCCAGCCAAUGCCACGGAGCCGGACUUCAAAUCGAAGGAUUGGGUGUUCCUCAACUACACGUACAAACGCUUUGAGGGUCUGACCCAGCGAGGCACCAUCCCCGCAUACAUGAAGGCAGGGAAGGCCUGACACGGCGGACGGCGUCGUGGAGAGAAAGGCAAAAAAAGCAAAAGAAAGACAGACAGACAUUUAGGGACACAGGGUCGGGCCACCGAGCCCCGCUGGUGCUGAAAGGCCGAGCUGUCGGGCCUCUCAGUGUACAUUUAACCCUCAUCAUAAGUCAUUUAGGUCUGCUCAGCCGCCGCCAGAACGCCAAGAGCUCUGAAAUGAAGGAGCGUUUACCGCAUUACCUCGGUUGUUUAUAUCGUAUAACGUGCCGUCUUUAGCCACAGCUCUCAGGCCAGUUCACUAACCAGGACACUAAAUCAGCAUAACUGCAUGUACAGUCUGGAGAGGAUGUUUCACUCCCCAGAGGCGGCAGUGGGAACGAGGAUUAACUGCUUGGACAUCCCGCAGCCGUAGUUUCUCAUGCGGUGCCAAAUCAGCUCUGAUGCAAGCACCAUGUCUACCACUCCAGAUGAGCUUUAUUCACUGUAGUAAGAACAGGUACACCUCCCACUUGUUCCCGCCCAUAAUGUUAUAGCCAGCUCGUGAAUUUUAAAGGAAGGUUCCAGCAUGAUUUCAAGGGUUUUGGCCCCCUCUCAGGAGAUACUCCCACGAACGAAAGGUAGCCUCCAUUUUAAAAGAUUCAAGCGAUAAAGAAAUCUUCUCCUUGGAGCGGUGGUAGUUGGCAAUAUGCUAGUGGAUCCUAAUGGAUGCUCAGUUAGCAUACAGAUAGUCUGGGACAAAUAGGAAUGUGGGGAGGCUGAAGGGGAACAGCAUUGUUUUAUACCAUGUCUUAGGUUUUCAGGAGUGUUAGUCCUUCUAGCGGCUAGAUAUUAUUAUUAGAUCAAGUGUAAUAACUUCUGGAGACCUUUAAGUCCUCUAGCGCCGUCAUCAGGUCAAAAAUUGUUAGUCCAAUACUUUAUUUUUUACAUUAUUAUUUUCUGACCACAAAUAUCUCUAAACCCAACGACUGAUUUUCCCAUCAGCACCAGCUGCUCUCGUGCCAAUGAGCAGACGUUAGCAUGCUAAGUUGGCGAACGCAGGAAACUGGUUCACAUGAACAUGUUGGCGGUGUUGCUAUGCUAAUGUUAGCAUUUAGCUCAAAUAUGACAAUCUAUUUAGAGAAGAAAAUUCUUUAAAAGCGUAAAUGUUUUUUUAUCCCAACAGUAGUACCGUUUUUGCCUGUAAUGGGGCAGAAUGAAUUGUGCGCGUCUAGUUGUUUUCUCGAACAAUUAACAUUAAAUUGAAAUGAUGCUGGAACCCUCCUUUAACCGCCGCCGCGGUGCAACAAGCCCGUCCUCUGGCUUUGCACGACGUGUUGCCAGGCAACGCGUGAAAGCAGCUUCCCAUGCGCGUGCGCCGCUUCCCCUCAGAACCAGUGGUGUGUGUUUGUGCAGGUCAGCGCUGCAGCACUUGAUAUUCCCCCUGAUUUUAUUUCCAACGAGCCAGAGGGCCAAUCUGUUCCUUCUUAGAUGGACAAAACAUGCAAAGUGCCUUGAACAUAGCCGAUAAAUAUUUAACCACAUCAUGAGUUGGUGAUAUUAUCAGAGAUUAACCAGAAGGUGUCGAUUACUUUUAGAAAUGUUAAAGCGCUUUGAAGGAGGGAAAGGAGAAAGGGAAGCGUUCUCAGCUUCACGAGUCAACUUGUGAGAAAGCAAAAAGAAAGCUUCGAUGUUUCACUUAUUUCUCUGCAGUGACCAGACAUCCGUGAAGUGAGAACGGUGAUGAAACGGGCCGUCUAGGUUUGAUAAUUAAGCAAGGGGCCUCGAUGCAAACACAACAUGUGUGUUUGUUAAAGAUGUAACUCAAAAUAGAACAAAGUAAGAAUAGAUUAACAUUGUGGUUAUCUUAGACACGUGUACGUUAGGCUCUAGAUGUAUUUAAUGUUUCACCAACAAGCUAACGUCGGGCCUGUUUUAUUCGACAAAACAAGCCCUUAAACCAUCUGCUCAGAGUUGUGACCGGACUCGGCGCUAAAAAUAGUAACCAAAGAACUGAUCGUCACACGUCGUCGACGUGAGCGCAGAUUCAGAUUUAGCUGUCGCUUACUGCACUUAACGUAAAACUACCUUUUGAAUAAUACACCAAUCCACGGGAGCUGAACUUGGCUACGGAAACAUUUCGCCAUUUCCACCUCUACGUUUGUCGGGAAAUGAGUGAGCAGAAGCAGAUGCUUCACUGGCUAGCACAUCUGUAAAGCGUGUCAAAAUGCAAGCAAAGCUACAAGUGUACAUACGGGGACAGGAUUUACCAUAUUGGACGAAGUGCAGCUGCAGCCAUCGCAGGGUCUUUUUGAGCACUCUCUCCAGAGUCCCAGAAGAACACACACACACACACACAAUACAAAUGUAUAAAUCUAACGCAUGUUGAUGGCUGCAACUGCAGAUUCCCCGGUGGUGUCUAAUCACUGGAACACACUGACAUGCCCUGGGAGAGGAAAACCGCCGUGUUCAUAGCGUCCUGUUUCACAGCCAAACGGGUUACGAGUGUUUGUGACUGAGUGAGUGAGUCACUGAGUGAGUGAGUCACUGAGUGAGAAAGUGAGUCACUGAGUGAGUGAGUAAGUGAGUGAGAAAGUGAGUCACUGAGUGAGUGAGUGAGAAAGCGAGUGAGUGAGUGAGAAAGUGAGUCACUGAGUGAGUAAGUGAGUCACUGAGUGAGUGAGAAAGCGAGUGAGUGAGUGAGAAAGUGAGUCACUGAGUGAGUGAGUAAGUGAGUCACUGAGUGAGUGAGAAAGCGAGUGAGUGAGUGAGAAAGUGAGUCACUGAGUGAGUGAGUAAGUGAGUCACUGAGUGAGUGAGAAAGCGAGUGAGUGAGUGAGAAAGUGAGUCACUGAGUGAGUAAGUAAGUGAGUCACUGAGUGAGUGAGUAAGUGAGUCACUGAGUGAGUGAGUAAGUGAGUCACUGAGUGAGUGAGAAAGUGAGUCACUGAGUGAGUGAGUAAGUGAGUCACUGAGUGAGUGAGUAAGUGAGUCACUGAGUGAGUGAGUAAGUGAGUCACUGAGUGAGUGAGAAAGUGAGUCACUGAGUGAGUGAGAAAGCGAGUGAGUGAGUGAGAAAGUGAGUCACUGAGUGAGUGAGUGAGUCACUGAGUGAGUGAGAAAGCGAGUGAGUGAGUGAGAAAGUGAGUCACUGAGUGAGUAAGUAAGUGAGUCACUGAGUGAGUGAGAAAGCGAGUGAGUGAGUGAGAAAGUGAGUCACUGAGUGAGUGAGUAAGUGAGUCACUGAGUGAGUGAGUAAGUGAGUCACUGAGUGAGUGAGAAAGUGAGUCACUGAGUGAGUGAGUCACUGAGUGAGUGAGUAAGUGAGUCACUGAGUGAGUGAGAAAGUGAGUCACUGAGUGAGUAAGUAAGUGAGUCACUGAGUGAGUGAGUGAGAAAGCGAGUGAGUGAGUGAGAAAGUGAGUCACUGAGUGAGUGAGUGAGUGAGAAAGUGAGUCACUGAGUGAGUGAAUGAGUGAGUAAGUAAGUCAGUGAGUGAGUGCGUGAUCGGGACGAGAAAUACAUUUUCACAAAGUAGAUACUCGGUGCUUCUUUUUUGUUGUUGUUGUCGUGAGGUGAUGAUGUGUGACCUUGUUCGAUGUCAAACUGGUGUUCUGUGUUAUAUUAUUUCCCCCUUCAAAAGGAGAUGAAGACAGGAGGGUAAAUACUGCAUUUGUCAUCCAUAUGAUUCAACAUAUGUACGCGAUGACUCGAGAUCCGUUACUGGGGCACUUUAUCUAAAGGGAGCUGAUUUAUUGUUUAUUUUAGUUCACAAAGUGUUUCACUUUCGAGUUAAGGCAGACAGUAAAUUUCUGACGGACCAAACAAGCUUUUAAACUCGCCUUUUGUUUUUGUGAAUCAGAACAGUGUCCCAUAUUUCAUGACUCAUGUUGAGAGAAGCCCUCCGAUAGCAGGGAAAGGUGUAUUUAUCCUCUUUAGGAUAGCAGGAAGCAGAUUAAAGGCCCACUCACAUCUAUGGAGUCUGGUUUUCAGAUGGAAGUAAGUGGCCUCUGCCUCGGAAACCUCAGCGCCCAGGGAUUCAGCAAAUAAUAUGUUGUAUGUCCUCCCCCCUUCCCCCUUGUUAAAGCAAGACUUCAGUGUCAACAUUAAGUCAAAGGUUGAAAAGAGAAAAGAAAAACUCCACAGGACCGUGUUGUGAGGUAUUUAGUGUAACGCUGUGUACAUACUGUUGUAGACACUCAAAGGAAACUCUGUGGAGUGACGGAGGAAAUGCUCAUUCAUAUAUUCAUUCUCUUUGAUCAGUUUACAUGUUGAUAAAAUGCUUAAAACUAUUAAAACAAUUAAACACU